GUUGGAUCAGAAGCUCGUCUUUUAGCAGGAUACUUAGGCAUUCUAGCACGGAAUGCAAAUAUGUUGCCAAUUAACUUUGAGACAUGGCGACAAAUGCCCGAUAGUAACAAGAACCAAGCUCUUGAUAACGUUAAGGCGAGAUUUGCUCUAGAGGUCUCCGAUGCUUAUGUAAAAAAGGCAUUGGGAAAAAGAUGGAGAGACCAUAAGAGCACAUUAAAGAAAGACUAUUUUAAGACAAAAACAACCCUGGACGAGAGAUUACAAAAUGUCCCGCCAGGAAUGCUAAGGUAUCAGUGGGAAGAGGUCGUUAGAUUUUGGACUUCGAAGAAAGGAGAGGUAUGUGUUACUAAAACAAUCUUAAUUUUGGUUUAUAUUAUUUAUUAAUCAACGUACUAAUAAUUUCAUAACGUAGGAUCGUGAACGAGUUGGAAAAUGUAGUAGGCAGAAACAGAAAUUCACUCACACAGCUGGGUCUAAAAGUUUUGCUUGUGUAGCUCACUCUGAGGAACUGUCGUCCGGUCAGAAAGUUGGACGCCUUCAACUUUUUGACAUUACACAUAGGAAGAAAGAUGGGAACCCUAUGACUCCUGAAGCUGCAGAAAUUAUGGAUAAACUAAAGGAUAAAAAAGCGGAGUACGAAGCGAUUGCUUCCAGUGAUGGUUCUGUUCAUAUUGAAGACAUUGAUAAUCGUAUUAUCACUGAUGUUUUGGGUUCUGAAAGGUACGGUCGGGUUCGAUUUCAAGGAUCUUUUGUUAGCCCAACCCAAUAUUUUGGAUCUAGCUCGCAACAAUACAUGCCUUCGGGGGGUCAGGCUCAAGCUGAAGUCCAGAGGUUAAGAGACCAGAUGGCUCAGAUGCAAGCGACAACAGUUGAGCAAAUUACACAACUUAAAGCGGAGGCAGCAGCGAGAGAAGCUGAGGUUCAACGGAAGUAUGAAGAACUCCAGAUACAGCUAAAAGUAGAAGCGGCAGAGAGGGAAGCAGAGCAGACUAGAAAGUACGAUAAACUCCAGAAGCAGCUUCAGAAUAUGAUGAAGAUGUUUCAACAGUCGUAACCACCGUCGUCUUAGACUAUCGUGUAAAUUUUUUUAUCAUUUUAACUUUAUAUUAUCAUUUUACCUUUUAACAUAUUUGUAAGAAUAAUAUGAAUUUUAUUCCAUUUAUUGAAAUUUAUUAUAUAUUAUUCAUUUAA